AUGUGUUUCAUUGUAAAAUACGUACUUUUAAUCGCCAAUUUCAUAUUUACACUAGCAGGCUUAACCCUCUUAGGGCUAGGUAUAGCUGCUCUAGUGAACACAUCAGAUUUAUCCGGGGUCGCUACAACACCUCUAAAUGCGAUUGCUAUAUCCAUCAUCGUAUUGGGAGCUGUCGUAUUCUUUAUAGCGUUCUUCGGAUGCUGUGGGUCUAUGAAAGAAAAUAGAUGCCUUCUCUUAACUUAUGCCUUAUGUCUGUUGCUGUUGGCCGGUGCGAAAAUAUAUUUAACCGUGCUGAUGUUCAACGGUGCGGAUAGCGUCGGUGAACUAGUCGAAGAGUGGAUCACAAAAGCAUUCAAUAACAAUGAAUUGAGAGAUACCUUCCACGCUAUUGAAAAUACGUUCGAAUGUUGUGGUACCAAUGGCCCUUACUCAUACAUCGGUGUACUACCAGCAUUACCGCCUUCAUGCUGUCCAGACAAUGUAUCCCAGUGUGAAAGUAGUAAUGCCUACGGAGGCUGUAUCAACAUUGUCACUGACUUCUUGUCGAAAUACAGUGGUGUCUUUGGCAGUAUUUUUGCAUCAAUAUUGGCUGUUGAGUUUGUGGCGAUGUUGUUUGCGGUAAUGCUUGCAUGUAACAUUGGUGGAAAGAGACGACAAAACGUUUGA